AUGGCGGCGGCGACCGAGGAGGAGGCGGCGGCCCGGGAGCCGGCCGGCCGCCCCGCUGCGGGGCCCGCGCUCUUGCGCCUGCCGGAGGAGCUGCUGCUGCUCAUCUGCUCCUACCUGGACAUGCGGGCCCUCGGCCGCCUGGCGCAGGUGUGCCGCUGGCUGCGGCGCUUCACCAGCUGCGACCUGCUCUGGCGCCGGAUAGCCCGGGCCUCGCUCAACUCCGGCUUCACGCGGCUCGGCACCGACCUGAUGGCCAAUGUCCCAGUGAAGGAACGGGUGAAGGUGUCUCAGAACUGGAGGUUGGGGCGCUGCCGAGAGGGGAUUCUGCUGAAGUGGAGAUGCAGUCAGAUGCCCUGGAUGCAGCUAGAAGGUGAUUCUCUGUACAUAUCCCAGGCUAAUUUCAUCCUGGCCUAUCAGUUCCGCCCAGAUGGUGCCAGCUUGAACCGUCGGCCCCUGGGAGUCUUUGCUGGGCAUGAUGAGGACGUUUGCCACUUUGUGCUGGCCAACUCGCAUAUUAUCAGUGCAGGAGGAGAUGGGAAGAUUGGUGUUCAUAAGAUUCAUAGCACCUUCACUGUCAAGUACUCGGCUCAUGAACAGGAGGUGAACUGUGUGGAUUGCAGAGGGGGCAUCAUCGUGAGCGGCUCCAGGGACAGGACGGCCAAGGUAUGGCCUUUGGCAUCAGGCCGGCUGGGGCAGUGCUUACACACCAUCCAGACCGAAGACCGAGUCUGGUCCAUUGCUAUCAGCCCAUUACUCAGCUCUUUUGUGACAGGGACGGCCUGUUGUGGGCACUUCUCACCCCUAAGAAUCUGGGACCUCAACAGUGGGCAGCUCAUGAUGCACCUGGGCAGUGACUUCCCCCCAGGAGCUGGGGUGUUGGAUGUCAUGUAUGAGUCCCCUUCCACACUUCUGUCCUGUGGCUAUGACACCUACGUUCGCUACUGGGACCUCCGAGCCAGCGUCCGAAAGUGCGUCAUGGAGUGGGAGGAACCCCACGACAGCACCCUGUACUGCCUGCAGACAGAUGGGAACCACCUGCUGGCUACCGGUUCCUCCUACUACGGUGUCGUGCGGCUGUGGGACCGGCGCCAGCGGGCCUGCCUACACGCCUUCCCCUUGACCUCGACCCCGCUCAGCAGUCCCGUGUACUGCCUGCGCUUCACCACCAAGCAUCUCUAUGCUGCGCUGUCUUACAACCUCCACGUCCUGGACUUUCAAAACCCGUGACAGGGCCACCCCAGCCUGUGGGGCAGGGAAGCCAGCUACUCAGGGACCUCUCCUGCCUGGAGGGUGCAGUGAUACCUCCUCCCCCGCCGUGCCUGUGCUCCUAGACCUAUCUUGGGCAACGUAAGGUAAAGGCUGCCGACUCUCAGAAAUUUGGCAUUAUCUCCCAGGACCUAGCUGGAGAGCAGGGAUCUACUGCUUUGAGAGAAUGGCUGAACCCGGCCGGCCCUUGCUUCUCUGGUGGCCAGAGCAAGGAUCUGGCCUGGAUGGGCCCCCCCGUGCCCCUCGCCCUUUCUUAGAGCCGUGACAGCUCUGAGGGAGGUGAGGUGCUCCAGCUGGUCCCUUUCUGCCCCGUCGUCGGAAGGAGGGGUGAGGCUGCCACUAUCCUGCUCUGGCACCGGCCCCCACCUCCUCACUCAGGCCCCUCCCCUUGACUGAGCUCUUGGGGCUCAGUCCUGGGACACUGUGGCCUGGUCCCACUUUGAAACUGAAGAGGGUUGAGUGAGCGCUGAGCCAGCCCAAUUGCAGGCUGGCUGCUGGGACAUG